AUGGGGCAAUUCCAUUCAAUAAAUGAACGCGAUUAUGAUGUAACAUCGUUCCUUAUCUUUCCUUCCUUCCUUCCUUCAUUCUUUCUUUCUUUCUUUCGUUUGUUAAUUUCUUUAAUUUUUCUUGCUUUAAUUAUAUUUUUCUUUCUUUCUUUCUUUCUUUCUUUUAAUCAUACAUUUCAUUGCGUGUUUGUUUUUUAUUCUUUUUCAUCUUUCUUUAUCACAUUUUCCUUCCUUCCUUCCUUCCUUCUUUUUCCUUCCUUCCUUCUUUUUCCUUCCUUCCUUCCUUCCUUCCUUCCUUCCUUCCUUCCUUCCCUUCUUCCUUCCUUCUUUUUUCCUCCCCUUCCUUCCUUCCUUCCUUCCUUCCUUCUUCUUUUUUUUUCCUUCCUUUCUACCUUCCUUCCUUCCUUCCUUCAUACAUUUCCUUGCGUGUUUGUUUUUUCUUCUUUUUCAUCUUUCUUUAUCACAUUUUCCUUCCUUCCUUCCUUCUUUUUCCUUCCUUCUUUUUCCUUCCUUCCUUCCUUCCUUCCUUCCUUCUUUUUCCUUCCUUCCUUCCUUCCUUCCUUCUUUUUCCUUCCUUCUUUUUCCUUCCUUCUUUUUCCUUCCUUCCUUCCUUCCUUCCUUCCUUUUUCCUUCCUUCUUUUUCCUUCCUUCCUUCCUUCCUUCCUUCCUUCCUUCCUUCCUUCUAUUUCCUUCCUUCCUUCCUUCCUUCCUUCCUUCAUACAUUUCAUUGCGUGUUUGUUUUUUCUUCUUUUUCAUCUUUCUUUAUCACAUUUUCCUUCCUUCCUUCCUUCUUUUUCCUUCCUUCCUUCCUUCCUUCCUUCCUUCUAUUUCCUUCCUUCUUUUUCCUUCCUUCCUUCCUUCCUUCCUUCCUUCUAUUUCCUUCCUUCCUUCUUUCAUACAUUUCUUUGCGUGUUUGUUUUUUCUUCUUUUUCAUCUUUUUCACAUUUUCCUUCCUUCCUUCCUUCCUUCCUUCCUUCCUUUACUUCCUUCCUUUCCUCCCUUACUUCCUCCCUUCCUACUAUUUCCUUCCUUCCUUCUUUUUCCUUCCUUCCUUCUUUCCUUCCUUCUUUUUCCUUCCUUCCUUCCUUCCUUCCUUCCUUCCUUCCUUCCUUCCUUCCUUCGUACAACACUGUCCUCAUUUACCCAACGAACUUCUCAAAUGCACGUUCAUUUUGGAUCCAAGCCAAAAUGUCAUAA